CGAAAAAUUGCGCACGUUUGUCAGGUGGUCAUUGUGUUAAACCAGGUUAAAAGAUAAACGGACGAAUAAUUCAUAUAUAAAAAAUCUCCAAAUAAGUUGUAAAUCAAAAACAAUACAAGCAGAGAAAAUGAAUUUGUGACUAUGGUCGAGAGCGAUCAGGAUGAAAACGACGAUGAACGAGGAAAAAAAUGCUGUCCCAGAGUUAAUAGAUCCCUUUUAGCUCCUAAACUCUUCUAUUUUCUCUUCUUUUCUGGAUGGGGAUCAUUACUUCCAUAUUUGGCUCUAUACUUCAAGCAAUUACUACUCACGCCGACUCAAGUUGGAAUAUUAAUGGGACUAAAACCGUUUGUAAACUUCCUCGUAAUACCCCUUUGGGGUGUCAUAGUUGAUCGUUUCAACAAAAGUCGUUUGGUCUUAAUAAUUUCCCUGAUUGCUCUGAUUAUAGCGACAUUUUCAAUGAGCCUUGUUCCACCACCGAUUCAACGUAAGAUAUUGACGCACAAGCUUUGCAAUGAAACUGAAAAAAUAAGCAGAGUAACCGAUUUAGACACGGAAAUGCCCGAACCAGAAAUCGAUAAGAUGGUGGAAGACAAUGAACAAGCAUAUCGCAGAGUUGUUGAAAACGCUUUCACAGAAGGAAAUCCGUGGCCUUUAAACGUGAUAACGAACUUAAAAACGGUCGAAAGAACAUACAUCGAUAGUGAUAAAUGUUUUAUAACAUUAUUUUUAAUCACAUUUUUCGGUACACUAAUAUCAUCCCCAUCACUGGCAUUGGUCGAUACGGCAACCAUGCAGUUGCUGGGGACCAAUACUCAUAAAUAUGGAAUGCAGAGGUUAACAGGAUCGAUCGGCUGGGGACUGGGUGCGUCAGUUGUUGGAGCAUCACUAAAAACAACACACAAAUGUGAUAAAAAUAAACGAGUGGAAGUUGUCGACUUUAUACCAUGUUUUUAUACGUUCGCCGGUCUUAUGGUCACAGCACUAUUGAUAGCAACAAAAUUUCAAUUUAGCGAUGAUAAAAAGACCGAAGUUAAGAAAGUUGGUCUUCUAGUUGGUCUGCAAGCAUUACGAAACACAAAAUAUUUGAUGUUCCUAUUCACAGCUCUUUACCUCGGUUUCUUGAUGGCUUUCAUAAAAACAUUUUUAUUUUGGCAUUUAAAAGACCUCGGUGGACCACAGCUACUGUUCAGUUUAAUUUCAGCAGUGAAUUGCUUCGCCGAAGUCAGCAUGUAUUUUCUCUCCUCAAAGUUGAUCAAGUGUAUUGGACAUGCUAGAGUUCUAUACCUUGGUUUGAUAUGUUACUCCGUAAGACUUCUGUAUUACGCAAUUAUCAAAAAUCCGUGGUACGUUUUACCGGUUGAAAUUUUACCCGGGAUAACAACUGCAGCUGUAUGGGCAGCUUGUCUAUCCUACGUUAGUAAAAACUCCAAACCAGGAGCAAAGACCACAAUGCAGUGCAUACUUCACGGAGUACAUUGGGGUCUAGGAUACGGUGCUGGAGAGAUCAUUGGUGGACUAUUGGUUCACAGGCUUGGAGCCCCAGCAACUUUUGUGAUAUUUGGUAUAAUGUGUUUGUUGAUCUUGUUAGUCUAUAUUUUGAUUGACAUGUUUGGUAAGGAGCCUGACAUUAGUUGCUAUGAAAGCAUAGAUGAUGCUGAAGAGGCGCUCGUUCGUAGCGAUGACACAAGUGAUUUGGAUAAGACCCAAAUUAAAGAUAAAAAAUAACAAAGACGUUAUAUAAAUAAAAACGACAUUUAGUAUUUAAUAUUUAUUAAAGGCAAAUCGGUCAACAACGAUAGUUAAUGUUUUACUAUUCAAAA